UUUCAUUCAUUUCAAUUCGACCGUUCGUAGUGAGCAGUUGAUUUUAGCAGCGUUUCGGACAGCGCAAGUGCUUUAACACAAAAAAGAAGAAAAGAAAUACAAAGUUAUAGCAACAGCAGCAACAACAAAUUAUACGCAUACAUACACAAGUAAAUAUAUGUACAUACGUAUAUGUAAAGUGCUUUGUAGUAAAAUAUACAAAUACACGCAAACGGUGCGCACACAAUACGCGGCUGCUGGUAAAAUUCCACUGUGAAACGAAAUACAAAAUAAUUCAAAGUACAAAACGUGUAUAUCGGUACCGUGUGACAAAAAAAAAAAAUCACGUUUUUCGACAAUCGUUGGCCUUUGGAGCUGUGCGGUGCGGAGCAGGUGGCUGUGUGGCUGUGUGUUCGUGUGUGGCAGAGAGCAAGUCCCGCGACCAAAAACAAGACGUGAGUGCAAAGAAAUUUCAACGUAGAAGCAUCAGCUGCAGAAAACGCGUGGGCCUCAAGCAACACGGGCGCGGCAGAGCCAGAGGCAGAGGCUGGUCUAAGACAAUUACAUAUCCGAGACCAAGGCUUACAUUGGUCCAACAAGUGCGGUUAAAUUUCCACCUAGCUAAACGUCCAGCAAACUGUCGUCUAUCAAUAAAAGUUAAGCCACAUAUAUGUGCACGUAUAUACAUAAGUGUGUGUGUAUGUACCUAGUGUGUACAUACGUGUGAGCAUUUUGUGUAUAUAAGCCUUAUCUCACCCGUUGCUGUCUUUGUUAUCGGCUCAGUAACAAAAACAAAAGGCCGUCACUGCUGAUAAGGAGAACAGUCAUCCCUUAACGGUCGACAGAUAAUUGACGCCGCAUAUCAAAAGUCGUUCACUCUUUAAGUGAUUCUAAAAUAAACCGAGAAGCUAAAUUCGAAAUGUUAUGCUACAUGUGAAACGGGCGAGCGUGUGAGAAGUGUGCAAAGAGUAUUGGAUAUUCAAGUCUGAUACAAGUACAAAUUGCAGUAAAUAUUUACAGUCCCCAGUCAAACUCUAAAAAUUGGAAUUGUUAGAAUAUUCAAAUAAGUUGCUAAGCAAGUUGGCUGUGCGAACCCACCAUACAAUUGAACAGAGCAACAAUUCGCAAUUCGCCGCAAUAAAUUCGCCGUGGCCGACAACCUGUUUGCUGUCAUACGAAUUCGUGCGCUCGCUCGCCGGCAUUUUAUCUUGUCUUUCCUGCAUUGACGUAGAGAGCGAAUACCCUCCACCAUUCCACCACAACAGCAAGUAACGUCGACGCAGCAGGAGCAGCAGCAGCAGCAGCAGAGGAUAGCAGCAAACGAAAAUUUGCCCAGGAUCGUCACCUCUAGCAGCAGCCGCCGGAAUCACAGCAGCAACAGCAGCAUGGAGCCCUAUUGGAGCGAGGCAAACGGACAUGCAGCACAUCCGGUUAAGUAUGAGAGCGAAGCAGCAGUCUCCAGUUUUCCUUAUUGCACAGAAUCUAGCUUAAAUUUUUCAACAUCAGCAACAGCAUACAGCGAGGAUGAUGCUGAAUAUGCCACCGGACGCCGUAACAAAACAUCGAGGCAAGAUCCUCUGUCGCAUCGCAUCAUUGAGAAGCGUCGCCGCGACCGCAUGAACUCCUGCCUGGCCGACCUGUCGCGCCUCAUACCGCCACAGUAUCAACGCAAGGGGCGUGGCCGCAUCGAGAAGACCGAGAUCAUCGAGAUGGCCAUCCGACAUCUGAAGCACCUGCAGAGCGAGAUCCUGCAAAAGGAGAGCGAGUACCGCAGCGGCUACAUGGACUGCAUGAAGGAGGCGGCCAAGUUCCUCUACGAUAGUCAAAUGCAGGACUUUUGCUAUCGCCUGUUGGCCCGCCUGCAGGAGCACAUCGACGAGGUGUUCAAAGCCGACUGCUACAAGUCCAGCCGGAGCUGCCAUAUGCCGGACAAUGUGAGCGCCUCCAGCGGCAGCCCCCAUCAGGCCUACCAUCCGCCGCUGUGCCAUCUGCGCGAUAUGCUGGGCGCCUCGGAUGUGGAGCAUAGCAACGAUCACAAUGAUGUCAAGGAUCUAAGCUUUCGCAACCAUCUCAACCAGCUGCAUCGCAGUCAGCAGGCGACUGCGGCGGCCGCUGCUGUUGCCGCGGCGACCAAUGCCAGCACAUCGUCGAGCGCCAGCAUGGAGGGGCCGAGCGGGGCCAAGCUGGCUGCGGGCAAUGGCAGUGUCAAUGGCGUCGCUGCCGAUAAUAUACCCACCAACUCAACGGGCUCCAAUACUGCCAGCAGCAAUGCGGCCAGCUCGACCACGUCGACGUCCACAUGCCCCACGCUGACCAAGAUGCCUGUGGGGGCGGCAGCGAUAGCUGCGCACCAGCAGCCGCAUCAGGCGGCGGUGAUUACGUCGACGGCACCUCACCAUCACACGGACAGCAGCCAGCAGGACUUUGAGUCCUCGCACGAGCCGAUGCUGCAUACGGACACCUCGAACAUGCACUCGCCGCCGCCGCGGGAUGCACUGCUGCAGCAGCACGCGCACCUCGGUCACAGUCAUCAUACCACGGACAGCCAGCUGUCGGCGAGGAUGCGCAACUACUCGGAGUCGUCGCACGAAAUUGAGCACAACAACAACUACAAGUAUAAGAACCACAUCAAGGAGCGCUUCGUGCACGAGCUGCACGACGAGGAGACGAGCAGCGAGCACGCGCCGCACCUGCAGAACGAGCAUUCGCAUUUGCAUGCGCUGUCGGAACACUCCAAGGAUGGCACUGAGCCGGAGAUAGCGCCCAUCAUGGCCAAGAAGCGGAAACUGGCCGAGGCAGCGGCAGCCGCAGCGGCCGGCUGCAAUGGGGAUCUGCCGCUGGACGUGCACAGUGAGGCGAGCAGCAUCAAUCCGGCACGCCCCAUGGGCCUGGGGCGUGACGACAAGCCCUCCUUCAGCUUCAGUGAUAUCAAGGACAUCAAGUCGGAGCUGCACAAUACCAAUUCCAAUUCUAGUCCGCUGCUGGCCAAGCUCAGCGCUGCUGCUGGCGCCCAGUUGAGCACGCCGAGCAGCACAACGGCGCCGCUGCCGUCCCGGCAUUCGUUCACUGUGCCCAUCUUCGCGCUGCACGGCCAGGGCAACUACUACGUGCCACUCAAUGUGGACUACAAUGCGCUGGUGCCGUACCUCAAUGGCGUCGAUCUGCUCGAGAAGAGCUACACCAGCAUGCCCGUGGUGCAUCCCAUCAACAUCAAUGUCAACUUUAUGCCCAGCUCAUCGUCGUCAUCGCUGCUGGCGGCGGCAGCGGCCGCUGCUGCUGCUGCAGCCGUUGCUGCUGGCAAGCAACAGGGCGUGGCUGCCGCAGGCACGGGACCGCUCAGCGCCAGCUCGGCAGCGGCUGCGGCCGCUGUGGCCAAGGCCAAGCUGGAGCAGGCCAUGAGCAACAGCUGGUAAGCAGCGGCGAUGGAAGAGAACAAGUCUACCUCACUACAUCUGUGAAUAA